AUGGUACGACUGGAUGAACCCAGUGAAGUAGGGUUUGUCAUUGGACAGCCAGUCUGGCCUUCUAUUGAAAGACGACAAACACAUUUAUUAACUUCAUUGCUUUGCAUGCUGUUAUUUUAUUUUCAGUGUUAUCAUAAUGUUUUGAUAAACACCGGCAUGAACAUCUAUCAUUAAUGUCAUUUGGUACCUUGUUCAAAGCAAAGGUUACGACAAAACAGCUCUUUUUGUCAGGUGCAAUACUUGCUAGCUGGGAGUCAUCGGUCCGUUCAGGUAAUAAACAGGAGCAGCAGAAGAGAUGAGUCGCUUCCUAAACGUCCUGCGGAGCUGGCUGGUGAUGGUUUCUGUCAUCGCCAUGGGAAACACGGUGCAGAGUUUCAGAGAUCACAGCUUCCUGUCAGAGAAACUCUACACAGGAACACCUCAGUUUGUCAAUGGUCUUCAAGCACGGACGUUUGGCAUUUGGACCUUACUGUCAUCCAUCAUCCGCUGUGCCUGUGCUAUUGAUAUCCAGAACAGAACGCUGUAUCACAUCACCUUGUGGACAUUUGUGUUAGCAUUGGGUCAUUUUCUAUCCGAGACGUUUAUCUACAAAACCGCACCUCUCACCAUCGGGGUCAUGGCACCUCUUAUUGUGGCCAGUUUCUCAGUCAUAGCCAUGCUGAUUGGAUUCCAGUGUUUUCCAGAGAAUCCAGAAGAAGUGGGAGCACGGCAGAAGAAACGUAACUGAAUGUUCUUGUGUCCAAAUGACCUGUUUGGAUGGACUGUGUGGUGUGCUGCUUCCCUCAGACUUUCUCAGAGCUAUACACAUUGAUUCUUUGUUUAUUUCGAGGUUUAUUUAUUCAGACAAUGGAAAAUAAACUGAGCACUGUUUGCUUUGUGUCGUGAAAAUCAUUCCACUCCAGUCUAAAGUCAAA